AUGCGACAGCAACUUCGGCUUCUUUCAAUAAAGCGUCAGCCCAGCACGGAGCGAUUGCGGUUGUUGACGUACCCAAUGGCCUUUGCGCAGCCAAACGCUACUGUACCGUUACUACAGAAGUCCGUGGCUGGUCAAUCAACCAACAGUAGUAAUGGUGACUCUUCAUCUUCAUCAUCUUCCUCCAGUCGCCCACCGACAGCUGCUGUUCACGUAAAGUUGCAUGGUGCCGUGGGAGAAGAACGUUAUUCGCAUGGAGGUGAAUUGGAGAAUCCGUAUCGUUGGGUGCGGGGGGCGGAUGAACUCUGUGUAGCUAAUGUACGCCGCAGCAAAAGUGUAAAUAACAUUAACUCAUAUGUUGUCACGUACAAGUUUGAUGAUCCACAAUGGGCACCGUUAUUACUUCCGGAAGUAACUCUACGCUCUCGCCGUGCCUCGAGAAGAAAUACGACUGGAACUAGUCCUACUACUGCUUCUACUUCUACUUCUUCUUCUUCCUCAGAUGAAGGAAGAAAACCGGAUAAGGAUUAUAAUGAUAAUGAUAAUAAUGGUGGUGAUGUUGAUGAUAAGGGUCCUCGUGUUGUGAUCAAUCACAACAAACUUCUUUCUUUAGAGUGUAUGGCCCGCCACGCCAACUACGCUCUACGGCAUAUUGUGCAGAAGGGCCAUGGUGUCUAUUUACUUCCACACAUUCAGCACAGUGUCUUACACCCACGUGGACUGAUUGAACAGUCUUACGUGACCUGUGCCUAUGGGGUGCGUGGUGAACGUCUGCGAACGGACAUUAUCCACGUAGGUCCCCUUAACGCGGCGGAUGUCAUUGAACCUAUUUCCUCAUCUUCUCACUCUUCUUCUUAUUCUUCUUCUUCUUGUGUAGAUGGGCGGCGGCACGGCUCGGUGUUGGUGCAUCUUGGCCGGGCGGGGGUGCGGCGCGGGGUGGUGGCCGUCUCGCAGGCGGAGGGGUACGGCACGUGGUUCAGCCGCAAGCCGAUGCUCUGGCAGCGGGCCCGCCGCGUCGGCGCCCUGCAGAGUCAACUCGCCGCCCACAACUACACACUCGCCGCGCCCGCCCUCGUGGGCCGCCAACACGACGUCGACGUGGCGCUCCUGCAGGCGCACAUCCGACACUUCGCCGGCGGGGGCGCAGACGCCGUGGGACUCGUCGCCUCCACACAAAUCGCCCAACAGCGGCGGAUGUACGUUGGCGAGUUUGAGGCCCCCGCACACACCGCGUUGGACGUCGUCCAUCAACUCGCCCACAACGCCGCCCUCCGCUCACGUCUCGUCACUCCCGUCAAGGAGAAGGACACAGCAAAACAACAAAAACAAGAGGGAGAGGAAGAAGAAGAUGAAUAUGAUGAUAAUGAUGAGAUGGAAAUAUUAUUGCCUGUGAGUUGGGCCACACGUACACCGCCCCCGUACGUCCCACUUGAAGUGGAUCUCCCGUUUAAACUUCAAAUGUCCAAACCCGUAGUAUUGGGUAGUACAUCACCACAACAGAAACAACAAGUAUAUCCCACCGGUGGAACCAUUGGCUCUCCAUUCGUCACAGGUGCUCCCAUCGUGUUGUUUGAAUACAAUCUCCAUCAAGGCGUGGAUCACUACGUCUUUGAUGACGCCCCAAGUGCACGGCCUAUGAAGUGGUGGUCACAGAAGAGUAAUAUGCCAUACAGUGGGUAUAUGUACUUUGUGCGAAGUGGAUUAGUGGAUCGGCUUACACCAACGGAAGAAAUUCCAAAUCCACUGGAACCAGAAACACGCCGUAAACCGCUUCAUACACUUGUGCCACCAAACAAGGCAGUUCAGCGUCGUAUCCUUCAAUACAAAAAGAAGAUGGAAGAACGUGCUGAGAAGGCAAAGAAGGCGAAGGCAGCAAAAACAACAACAACAACAACAACAACAACAACUAAAGAUGGGAAGCAAGAGAAACCUGCAACAUCGAACCCGUGA